AUGGGAGCUCCCAGAGCAAACACCCUGUUCCUGUGCCUGGGCAUCAUCUGUUGCUCUAGAAGUUCCCCACCAUGGCAUCUCCCCUGUCCCGACACCUGUGAUCAAACAGGCCACCUCCAAGGAAAGGGAGGAGCAGCAGGGCUGAGCAGAUCCAGCAAGGCAGCUGGACAAACAUCUUCUGCCCAACUCCUGACCCUGUCUCCCUGUGUUCAGGUGUUCAUUUUUGGCCCAGAUAAGAAACUGAAACUCUGCAUCCUGUACCCAUCCACCAUUGGGAGAAACUUUGAUGAGAUCCUGAGAGUGGUGGACUCCCUGCAGCUGACGGCGUACAAGAAGGUCGCUACCCCUGUGAACUGGAAGCCUAGCAACAGUGUCAUGGUCGUGCCCACCUUACCUGAUGAGGAAGCAAAGAAGCUCUUUCCCAAAGGAGUUUUCACAAAGGACCUCCCGUCAGGCAAGAAGUACUUGCAUUACACCCCACAUCCGGAGUGAGUGGGC